AUGAAGAACCUUGUUAUCAGAGUGAAGAACCUUGACCUCAGAGUGAAGAACCUUGUCCUCAAAGUGAGGAACCUUGUCCACAGUGUGAGGAACCUUGUCCUGAGAUUGAAUAACCUUGUCCUCAGAGUGAGGAACCUUGUCCUCAGGUUGAAGAACCUUGUCCUCGGAGUGAAGAACCUUGUCCUCAGAGUGAAUAGCCUUGUCCUCAGUGUGAGGAACAUUGUCCACAGGGUUAAAAACCUUGUCCUCAGCGUCAAGAACCUUGUCCUCAGAGUGAAGAACCUUGUCCUCAUAGUGAAGAACCUUCUCCUCAGAGUGAAGGACCUUGUCUCAGAGUUUAAAUAACCUUGUCCUCAAAGUGAGGAACCUUGUCCACAGUGUGAGCAACCUUGUCCUCAGAUUGAAGAACUUGUCGUCAGUGUGAGAAACCUUGUCCUCAGAGUGAAGAAACUUGUCGUCAGAGUAAAGGGUCUUGUCGUCGGAGUGAGGAACCAUGUCCUCAGAGUGAGGAACCUUUGUCCUCAGAGUGAGGAACCUUUGUCCUCAGAGUGAAGAACCUUGUCUUUGGAGUGAAGAACCUUGUCCUCAGAGUGAAGAACCUUGUCCUCAGAGCGAAGAACCUUGUCCUCAAAGUGAGGAACCUUGUCCACAGCGUGAGGAACAUUGUCCACAGAUUAAAGAACCUUGUCUUCAGAGAGAGGAACCUUGUCCUCAGAGUGAAGAACCUUGUCCUCAACGCGAGGAGCGUUGUCCUCAGAGUGAAGAACCUUGUCCUCAUAGUGAAGAACUUUGUCCUCAGAGUGAAGAACCUUGUCCUCAGUGUGAGGAACAUUGUCCUCAGGGUGAAAAACCUCGUCCUCUGCGUGAAGAACCUUGUCCUCAGAGCGAAGAACCUUGUCCUCAUAGUGAAGAACCUUGUGCUCAAAGUGAGGAACCUUGUCCACAGUGUGAGGAACCUUUUCCUCAGAUUGAAGAACCUUGUCCUCAGUGUGAGGAACCUUGUCCUCAGAGUGAAGAACCUUGUCCUCGGAGUGAAGAACCUUGUCCUCAGUGUGAGGAACGUGGUCCUCAGGGUGAAAAACCUCGCCCUCAGCGUGAAGAACCUUGUCCUCAGAGUGAAGAACCUUGUCCUCAGAGUGAAGAAUCUUGA